AUGACGGGAUUGACUGGCACAGUCAUGGUCUGCUUUAGUUCUACGCUGUACCGGUACGAUCACGAAAGUACGCCGAGCUACGGUUAUACUUCGCUCGGAUGGAUGCCGGAAAAGGUUCGGGCGUUCAUAUCCAACCCUUCCAGUGAUGAAACCGAAGACGCGAAACGAACACCGUCAAGUUCACCACAUGGAGGGAAUGCUUGUCAGUCUUCGACUUUUCCAAUAUCUUCCGGUUUCUCCAUCUUGUAG